AUGUCCCGCCACCCCGCUCGCCACUUCCUCCCGUUGCUUCGCCGCCGCCACCUCCACCAUUCGGUCCAUCUCCCCUACACAUCCGUGCCCAUUCCCCCCGACGCGAUCCCCUCCACCUCCAUCCCGUCGUCCACCUCCCCGCCGCCGUUUCAUCCCGCGCCCUGGCCGCAGCCGUGUUCGCCCGCCUCCACGCCGCUCCCGCCUUUCACGGCCUCCCACCUCCGCGCGGCCGUCUCCUCCCUCGCCGCCUCUCUUCUGGCUCUGCCCGUCUCGGAUCCCGACCCCCUGCCCGCCCUCCACGCCCAUUCAUUCCCCACCCUCCUCGCAGUCUCGCCGCUCGCCUCCCUCGAGCUCCUGUCCCUCCUCCGCCCCAAGCCUUACCUCGGCCUCGCGGUCUUUUCGUUUCGCCGCACGCUUUCGCCGCCGCCCACGCUCCCCGAGUUUGUCGUCGCCAUCUCGCUUGCCAGCCGCGCCCGCGACCCCACCGCCGCGGCCAACAUCUUCACCGACGCCUCCAGCGCCUACUGCCCCGACCAGGCGCUCUACAAUGCCCUCAUGGCCGCCUACAUGCACAGUGGCCUUGUGAAUAGCUGCGUCGAGGCCUUCCACGCGCUGCGGCGUGAUCCACGGUGUGGUCCGCCCAAUGCGGACUCCUUCAACAUCCUCAUCGCUCUCUUCGGUCGCUCCCUCCUCGUCGACCACAUGGAGGCCACACUCCAGUCGCUGGAUGCCUCAGGACAGCCCCGUACAAUUGGUACCUACAAUGCAGUCAUCGCUGGCUACCUCACGGCAUGGAUGUGGGACAAAAUGGAAGCUGCGUUCCAUGAAAUGAUGGCAGGUGGAGUUGUUCCAGACACCACUACACAUUUGUUGAUGUUAAGAGGUUACUCACAUGCUGGGAAGAUUUAUAAGAUGGAGCUGGCUUAUGAGCGUGCUCGUGAGCAUGCUGGCAAGGUUGAUAUAGUGCAUAUACGUGCAAUGCUAUGUGCAUAUUGCAAGUUUGCACAUGUAGAUAGGAUUCAAAAGAUCGAGGAGUUGCUUCUGAAGUUGCGUCCUGAGGAUUAUAGGCCCUGGCUCAAUGUGUUGUUAAUUAGGGUGUAUGCCAAGGAGGGGUUGGUUGAGGGGAUGGAAAGAAGGAUUGCUGAGGCAUUGGAACGCAAUACCACAGUCACCACAACACAGGUGAUGCGGUCUGUCAUAACCAACUAUUUCCAGUGUGACGCUGUCGACAGACUCGCACACUUUGUCUGGCAGGCUGAGGAGGCCGGAUGGAAGCUGUGCCGGAGUUUAUACCACUGCAAGAUGGUGAUGUAUGGGAAGCACCAUCGACUGGCAGAGAUGCAUGGGGUGUUGGAUGAGAUGGAGUAUUUUAGGUUUGACCGGACAAAGAAGACCUUCUGGAUUAUGCACAAAGCAUAUCUGAGCUGCGGAAGAAGAUCCGAGGCUGAUACGAUACUUGGCAUGAUGUGGAAGCAUGGUUUUGUAUGCCCUUCCGGCGUAUUUGUUCAAUAA